UUCAAAACAGUCUCUUGAAGACUGUGAAAUGCUUUCGCAGCCUUAGUCAUCGCUGUCAUAUGAUUUCUCUGGGCUUACCGGACUGUAUGCGGCUGCGUUUUUCACUGUGAACCUGUUUCGUUUUUUUCUUUUUUUUUUUCCAAUUUUUUUUUUCUUUUGGACCAUGCCUUGGCUACAGUAAGAUGCGAUUUUGAGGAUGGACAAGUCAUGGAUACAGGAUUCCGUUUGUUUCAUUCUAACACGAGAUUACAGCCGAUGAAACACCAUGGAGUGACUGACGUACAGUAAACUGGAUAUUUUUGGGAGUGAGGAGAUCGACCGUUUUGGUCCAUCGGUUGUCUGAGUGCUCCGAUACUGCGUUUUUUUCUUUUCUUUUCUUUUUUCUUUUUUUUUUCUUUUUUUGGGGGGGGAGGGAGGGUUGACGCCGGAGCCCCUUGGCGAUCGGAAUUAUUUUGUCUCCGUCUGUGGCUCGUAGGGGAGGCGGAGAGAGAGCCGCGGUGGAAGGCGGCGUAUUAGCGCUGUGGCUGCCAAACCAGAAAUAACAGUUUUUUAUUUUUUUGGAAUGAAACGUGGCUCCUUCUUCUUCUCCCUUUUCAUCCUUUUUAUUUUUUAAGAUUUUUUUUUAUUUUUUAUUUUUUUUUUAUUAUUAUUUUUUUCCCUUUGGCGGCCGGACUACCAAACUUGUGCUCCACUGCAGCAUUUUGCGUCUUUUUUCCUCUCCGCUGCAGAUGAUACAGAAAAGCAUCAUAGCCCACCACUGCAAUUUUUGGGCAAAGAUAAGAGUGGCGUCGUCUUGCAGUUGAAGGCUACCAUGGCAGCAUAGAGGGGGCAUCUUUGUGGAGGGGAAGAAAUCCGCCAAUUUGCUUUGCUUAUAAGCCUAUCUACGAUGCCUUAUCAUUAGCAGGAGGCAGUGACUGGAUUUGAAAGCCAGCGUCAUCCCGCGGUUUCCCCUCAAAGCUGCUGUUUACCCGCUGAAAAUCACCCGAAAAAGCAGCGGAUCCCGAUGGCAUGGACACUUAUGCAAGGUCUGCCGCGCUGCCGUGCUACUGGAGCCUACUUGCUGUCUCUUCAUUCAACCCAGCUCCAUCGCCAUCGCCCUGCAGCCGAGAGAGCCCUGCCGCAACGCGACCAGCGACCACCGAGCCAAAGCAGGCGGCAUGAGGCUUGAUUCAGUACAUUUAUCCAUGCUGGUCAUCGGGGUCUCAUUCGCCUGCUACUCCCCGAGUUUGAAUUCCCUGCAGGACCAGGCUUACAAAUCCGCCGUGGUGAUCGAGGGCAAGGUGCAGUCUACGCCUGUGAACGUCUCUGCGGAGCCGUACAGUGUGAAUGUCAAAGUGCUGGAUGUUUGGCCCCUCAACAGCGGGGGUCUGGAGCGAGAACAGCUCGUCACCGUGGGGGAAUUCGGAUCCGAGGCUCCGUGCACCAAAGUGAAGAAGAACCACAAGUACAUUUUUUUCAUGGACCCCACAGACGAGCCCUUGGUUUUCAAGGCAUCGUUUGCGCCCCUUGACACGAGUGGAAAGAACCUAAAAAAGGAUGUUGGGAAGAUCUUGUGUGAGGACUGCGCUGCGGCUCCAAAGUUAAAACCGAUGAAGAAUCCAAUAAUAGUGGACGAGGGAAGCAAGCUCACAGUUAAGUGUGAGGCCACAGGAAACCCUCUCCCUACCUACAGAUGGUUCAAAGAUGGCAACGAGCUGAAGAAAAGCAAAAAAGUCAAAAUAAGGAGCGGCCAGAAAAACUCCAGAGUCCAGAUCGGCAGAGCAAAACUGGAGGAUUCUGGGAAUUACACAUGUGUGGUGGAGAACCCGCUGGGAAAGGACAACUCCACUGGCACUGUUAACGUCCAAAGCAUAACCACAACGCUAUCUCCAGGCUCAGGCCACGCCAGAAGAUGCAACGACACAGAGAAGGCCUACUGUGUGAAUGGCGGCGACUGUUACUUCAUCGAUGGUAUAAAUCAGCUUUCCUGCAAGUGUCCAAAUGACUUUACUGGUGAUCGCUGUCAAACCUACGUUAUGGCCAGUUUCUACCAGCAUCUUGGGAUUGAAUUUAUGGAGGCAGAGGAACUCUACCAGAAAAGAGUCCUGACAAUCACGGGUAUUUGUGUGGCUCUGUUGGUGGUGGGCAUCGUGUGUGUGGUUGCCUACUGCAAAACCAAGAAACAAAGAAAGAAGAUGCACAAUCAUCUGCGACAAAACAUGUGUCCAGAACAUCCCAAUCGUAACCUAGCUAACGGACCCAAUCACCCAGGACCCGGCCCAGAGGAAAUCCCGAUGGUAGAUUACAUAUCAAAGAAUGUCCCCGCAACUGAACGAGUCAUACGGCCUGCAACAGAGGGAUCCUUCCCUGCCAGUCAUGCCUCUUCCAGAUCUCACAACUCUUCCACACGAGCCCAUUCAUCAACUCACAGACAUGAGGAACGGACAUGGAGCCUGGAACAUUCUGACAGUAUCCUCUCUGACUCGCCGGGAAUGAUGUCAUCAUCCGUGGGGACCAGUAAAUGCAGCAGUCCUGCGUGCAUGGAGGCACGUGCACGCCGCGCUGCACACUGUGGUUAUUCUGACCCCCAUCGGCCAGGGCUACAGUACGGGGACUCCUUCGACUCGCUGGGAGACUCUCCACACAGCGACAGAUACGUGUCAGCCCUGACAACACCAGCCCGCCUCUCCCCAGUGGAUUUCCAUUACUCAUUGCCCCCGCAGGUGCCUACCUUCCAGAUCACAUCCCCCAAUGCCAGCCAUGCCAUGUCUCUCCCCCCUGCUAUCCACAAUCCCUACCCUCUGGAGGAUGAUCAGCCUCUGCUGCGCCGCUACCAGGUGCCCCUGCAUGAUGCCCAGUGCCAGGAGCCCUACCGGCAGCAGCGUCGUACCUAUCUAAACGACAGCAGGGGCAGCCUGCCCUCCAGCCCCUACCGGCUGGCUGAGGAUGAAGACUAUGAGACCACCCAGGAGUAUCUCUCCUCUCGGGAGCAACCAAAGAGAAGUGGGUCCAGUGGAACUGGUAGCCGACGCUGGCGGAGAUCCAGACUGAAUGGCCACGUGGCCCCACGUGGAUAUGAGGCAUCUCGGGACUAUGGGUCACGAAGCUGCCUAACAGAUAGUGAGUCAGAGGAGGACGGUGAAAGCACGCCCUUCCUCAGUAUGCAGAACAUGAAUGCCGAGCCCUCCACCAUCUACAGGCCGGUGGACAGUCGGACUUCUCACUCGUCAGGGCGGCACAGUGGGCAUGGGAACAUGCAUACAAGACUCACACACUCACGCUCCAAACCGGACAAUACACCCCAUUAAAGAGUGAUAAUGAACCAACAAAAAUCAAUAUAGUAUAGACCUGCAUCUAUAAGAAAUAUUUUUAUUUUAUAUAACUGACAGAUAUUCUAAACAAAUGAAAUAUUUAUUUUCAUUUUAGCAAAAGUUGUCUACUAGUUAACAGCAAAGACUUUUUUAUAGGGAAAACUCUAUUUAUAUGUACAUUUUGAUUUACAGCAUAAAAAGAUGUGCCAGUUUUUUCACAACGUAAAAAAUAGAGUAAUAUUGUGGUGCCUUUUGCUGUAUGCCGACGCCAGAGGGCCAGUGGAGGUUUUUGUAGCCUUUCUUAUAUGGACGCCUCAUUUUUUAUACACAUUUAUGUUUUUUUUCCUCUCUGUUUCACUUUCUUUCCAAAUUGCAUUCUUUGAGAAAUCUAGCCCCACUGGAGCAUAACCCCUUCCAUAUCACGCAAUAUAAACCACUUCAACAUAAAGUGUAUGUUUACAUUAAUAUGAUUCGCCUGUAGGGUUUAUGAUUUGGGAUCUUAUAGAGCGCCUGAUAAAUACAAUGUAGAUUCUUUUCCCCCUCUGACUAAUGUCUACCAAGAAAAAGAGAGUGACAGAGAGUGAGAGAUCGUGUUGGUUGCGUGUGUGCAUAAAUGCCUCUGUGUGUGUGCGUGUGCGCAUGUCAGUUUGCUUGCAUGCAUUUGUGAUUGUUAGAUGAAAAUCGUCAAAUUGUUUGUUGUGGUAACAUCAAAUGUGUGUGGGCCUACUGGUGUCUCAGGAGAGCUGACAGUGUCUCAGAGGUUCACAGAAUAGCGGUUUAUCAGAACAGUAACCCCCAGUGUAAGUGGACAGGUGAGGCUGCUAUAGGGUUGUAUGUUAUGCAGGUCAUUGCUUGAUGUGUUUACAGCUAUUCUGCCCCCUUCCCAACCUGGCCCAGUUACGUCCUUUUUAUUUCCCAGCAGGUUUUUCAUGUUAGCCUGGUGUGAGGCCAACAAACGCUGAGCCGCUUGGCACAGGGUGACCCCUGCCAUCAGAGGCGGUGGCAAAACAAAAAGAUUGCAUCUGUUUUCACUCAAAUCCGCCCCCUACUCCCACGGCUCAUCAUCCUUCUGUGUCCAUUCUGUUUUUGUGGCUCGUGUUAAAAGGCCACACAGUGUCUCAGGAUUUCCACAUGCUCCCCCCUUCACCUUAAACCCUGUUCACCCCUCUUCCUCAACUUAAGGUCUACCUAAGACUAAGGUUCUCAGAUGUUGAGGGCUUAGAUGUAAACAUACAGUCUACCAGUUCCCUGAACACUCCCAUACAGAGAAAAGGAAAGUCCAAGUGGAAGCAGCUCAGUAGAGAACAGAAAAGAGCAUACUAGACAAUAUUAUUGAAAUAGCUGUGAAACUUUGGAGGAUCAUACAAUGCAAAAAUAUGCAAACUUUCUAUUUUGCUGUUUGAUUACGUCAUUUUCUAAGAGGUGACUGUAGUGUGUUGUGUGUGAAAAAAACAAACUAUGUGAUGCCUAUAGUGUAGAAUGAAAUAACAUGAUACAAAUGCAUAUUUACCUGAGUUAUUUUUUAAAGCCAUUAUGCAGCCAUCUAUCAAGUUGUCAGCCUUUUGUUGUUCACUUAUUCAUGUCCAUCGAAUGACUGUAUCCAUGUUUUCUUUUAUCACUUGGUUUCGACCACUCCACUUUACAUGCACACUUCCAAGUAACGUCAAAUAGCAUCAAAAUAGUGUCUCCUCCAAUAGUACUGUGUACUGCUUUGUCUUGUUGACAGAUUUAGUCAUUUCAAAUUUAGUCUGUAAAUGAUAAUAAUUUUAAAAGUAAAUAAAUUCAGUUAAGCCCUUUGUCCUCCACUGAAGGAAAAGUAAGUAUUUAAAAGAUAUUUCAAGUAACGUCACGCCCAUUAAAAGUGACUCUGUGAGAAAGGACAGUUGAUGAUGUUUCAUCGCUGUUGGUUUGUUUCUACUCCUCGAUUAAAACAAAAAAACAAAAAAACAACGGAAUGCUGAAUUAUCAGAUGAUUAUUGAUUUUUUAAAAAAUGUCUUUAAAAAGAUUGAUCUGCAAUUCUAACUGCUAUAUGGUAAAUGCACAGUGGUACUGUUUUAGAGAAUGGUCUCUGGUCACACCUCAGUCACACCUUGCAGAUGUUUCAUUGAGUUUCUCACCUCUGGGUCUAAUUUUGUAUAACAGAAAAAUGCAAAAGAAGACACUGCAUCCCUAGUUUCAAUGUGAUACUCCCUUCACUCUGCCAGUCCUCUCACCCAAUUGAGAUGCUACCAGGCACGUCCUGCCAGUCUCUUCUGUUUAAUUUUAAGCCCCCCCACCCCACCCCACCCCACCCCACCCCAAAACCCCACCCCCACCCCACCCCAAAACCCCACCCCCACCCCACCCUCGCUUGAAAAAUGUUCGAACACCUCUCCUCUGCAUGUCCUUGUGGUCAAGGUUAGAUGGGUGCAUGGUUAAAAAAAAAAAAAGCAGCAGACAAUUCUUUUCCAGUCAGUGAAAGUGUAUUUCAUUUAACAUUCAGCAAUAAAAAAGAACCUUUCCCCCAUGUCAUUCCUGAAAUAUGCUAGAAAAAAAAGAAAAAAAAUGCGAGAUUGUCAUAGAUUGUAAAAUAACAUGAAAAUGAAUCCACCUGUUCAUAUGAGAAAAUAAAUCUUUAUUCAUAUCAUUUUA